AUGGCCUUCUCCUCGUUCCCAUGGCUGUUCCGCCGCCGAGCCGGCGGCAGCGGCAACGGCGGAACCGGCCCAAGCAAACCCUCCGCCGCGGAGGGGAAGGAGGAGGAUGCGGAGGAGCUCAGCGUCACGCCACAGCUCCUUGACUUCAUCCGGACACUCUCCCCGGACGCCUUCAAGGCGGUGCUAUGCUUUGUCGCAGGAGGAUCCGCGGAGUCGGCGGCCGAGCUCUUGGACUGGCAGCAGCGGCACGCCCUCCUCGUUCUCGCCAGAGCCAAGGAACUCGCUAAGGUCCGCUAUGAUCUGUGCCCACGCCACAUGAAGGACAAGCAGUUCUGGACAUACAUCUUGUCUUAG